AUGCCGGCCCCGGCCCCGCCGCCCCCCGCCCGGCCCGGCCAGGCCUUCACCAUCGCGGCACUGCUGGGACGCGCCUCGUCCCCCCCCGCCCCGCCACCGCCGCCACCGCCCCUACUGCCGCCGCCGCCGCCGCCGCCCGCCGCCCCCCGGCCGCUCUGCACCGUCUGCUGCGGGGUCCCGCCCGCCUGGGCUGCCCGGCUGGGGGCAACAGGCUUCCUGAUCUCCAAGUGUUGCUUCCCCGUCUUCAAAGCCAAGACUGGUAAAGCCAAGCGGGUCCGGACCAUCUUCACCAGCGACCAGCUGGCCCGGCUGGAGAAGGAGUUUGCGCGGCAGCAGUACAUGGUGGGCACGGAGAGGUGCCUGCUCGCCUCCUCCCUGCACCUCACUGAAGAACAGGUGAAAGUCUGGUUCCAAAACCGGAGGAUCAAGUGGAGGAAACAAAGCCUGGAACAGCAACAAGCCAAACUGGCCAAAAUGGGUUUGGCCACCCUGCAGAGGAGCCCCGACUCGCAGAGCCACCACAGCGAGGAGGACAAGGACUUCCCAGCGGAGUCGGAGGACGGCCAGGAGGACACGGCCUCCUCGCCUGGCUCAGGGACGGCACCUGCACAGACUGUGGCAAAGAGCUGCUGAAUCGCCCCUUCGGGCCGCUUUUCCGUGUGUAUUAUAUGAAUGUAUCAUAGCUGGCAAGGAGCGUAUCUA